UCCCUUAUUCACAUUGCAAUUACUCGGUUAUACAGAUGCGGAACAGUUCUUUAAUCUGCUGAGUAUACGUAUGAUAAUGCCGUAGAACUAUAAUUGUUCUCUCAAAUACUUGAGACUAAUACAUCAAGAUCUCAUCCGAUUCUACGAAGUAAACGAUAUUAUAAUAUGUAUUUAAAAUACUACCUUGACGCUGAUGGAAAGCGUGUUUAUACUAUAGCGAACGCUGGACCUAAUGGAGAGCCAACGCUUUCGGCACAUCCUGCAAGGUUUUCGCCGGAGGAUAAAUAUUCCAAACAUAGAAUCGCACUUAAAAAACGCUUCAAUUUGCUUAUGAAGUAAAAACACUUCUUGCGAGAAAGGAGCUAUUUAAAUAUUGACCAAAUCUAUAAUGAUGGAUUUUUGAAGACAA